AUGCUUGCACAGAGGCCCUCAUUCCGUUUCUUAGCCACUGGCGCCGUGGUAUCCCUCUUUGUUCUCACAUUUCUUAUCCUUGGACUCCAUCAAUCGGGAGACUCCACUCGAUAUACUAUGAAGAAUCCCCGGCCGAGCCCUCAGUGCGCAUCAUCAGUUGAGUCGUCGGCUCCGAGCAACGGAACAUGGGAGUUUGUCGUUGGGCGCGAUGAACAGAAUCACGGCCUUUCGGAGGAGCAGUGUCGUAUUGCAUUCCCGAAACUUUAUGUCGAGAUCGACAAGUCUGCUUUACUAAAGCAGGAGAAACAAAUUUCCUACAAGGAGCUUGAUUCCCGGGAGGUGGAGGAUGGCAUGGUGCGGGGGAUCAUCGACCGAGGAGAGCUAUAUAUUGUCGACUAUGCUGCAAUGCCCGUUACAGGAACCCGAGCUCGCUCAACAUUAAACUCUUUACAUCGCGCUCUAAAAGCAUACCCAGACCGCCAUCUCCUCCCCAGUAUCGAGUUCACCUUCACAACGGAAGAUUUCGCCCAAGAUCCGUUAGGACCCGGACCAAUUUGGGCAUACUCCAAACGCGAUGGAGAUGACUCGGUCUGGUUAAUGCCUGACUUUGGAUACUGGGCCUGGCCAGAAGUACAAAUUGGACCAUACCACGAAGUGCGACGACGCAUUACCGCGAUAGAUGACGGUGAAACGCUAGCAGAUGGCACCAUUGUCCCAGCUCUAGCAUUCCAAGAUAAGAAAAAACAACUCGUCUGGCGCGGUAGUCUUGCCACGAACCCCGCCAUACGCAGCAAGCUGCUCAAGACCGCUCUAAGUCGGAGCUGGGCUAGUGUUCGUGUUAUUGACUGGGACGACGAGAAUGACAUCCGAUACAACCUUCUCCCGAUGGAGGAUCAUUGUCGCUACAUGUUUGUUGCGCACACCGAAGGCCGUAGUUUCUCCGGCCGAGGCAAGUACCUCCUUAACUGUCGCUCAGUGAUGAUCUCGCAUCCUCUCGUGUGGCGCGAAGCGCAUCAUGGUGCACUUGUUUCCUCAGGUGCCGAUGCAAAUUACAUUGAGGUCGAUCAGCAUUUUGGAGAUCUGUCCGCCAAGAUUGAUUACUUGAUUGAUAAUCCGCAGGUGGCGGAGCGAAUCGCUGAUAAUGCGGUGCGAACGUUCCGAGAUCGUUAUCUAACUCCUGCUGCAGAGUCUUGUUACUGGCGGCAUCUGGUCAGACAGUAUGGAGCAGUUUCUGACUUUGAGCCUGUCUUGUUCUCUACAGAUCGGGACGGGAAGAAGUCACCCCGUGGUGUUCCUUUUGAAACAUGGUUGCUUAUGCAUUAA